AGAGGGAACCUGUACAAGCUGUACAGGUUCAACCCAAUAAGAAAACCUAGGGCAGGCGUGAUUCAGAACCUUAGAUCCUUGUCUGCAUUAGGAAAUUUCUGCCCAGCUGCCUCUGAACUCAAGACAAGACAUACAGCAGAAGAAAGUUACGAACACAAGCUCUAGAAAAUGUCACAAGGUCCUUCUUUGACAUCCCAUCAAAGAGGUAAGUGGUAUUCUCUCUACUUCUGCCCUGAACCAAGUGGGUGUCGCUAACUUGAGGGCCCCAGCAGAGACGAGAACCACCUGGGCUCCUCAGACCUCCGUCUCAGGAGUAGGGCCACCCUGUUGCCAGCAGUGAGGACAGCACCAGCAGCCCAAGGCAAACCCCUUGGCACAGAGAUCCAAGUCUUCACCAGGGACCCCAGGGAGAGAGGGCUGAGGCUGACCCAGCUCAAGUGGUCUGGAAGAGGUGAGAAGGAAACUGGUAGAUGCUACAUGGUGGCACAAAGGAGUCAGGUACACGAGCACGGCACACUGUGCCUGGAGGCUCCUGUAGAGCGUGAGAUCUGGGGGCAGGCAGGCAGUCUGCAAGAGCUGGUCACAGAGACAGCCAGGAAAGGGAAGUCCUGCAGAUGGCUCCUGGUGGCACCUUACUUGAAACCCCAGGCUAGUGGGCUGUGUCGUGGUCUGAGGAAGCUCAGGUCAAAACAUCUUAGGUUUUUACAAAUAUGAGUUAACUGGAAUACAAAAUCCUAGCCUGUUAAUCUGGUAAUUGAAGUAUUUUUUUAAUCAUAGCCAGGCUUAGCUUCUUGCCCUGCCCGCACCCCCCUACCCCGCCCCAAACUUCAUGCAAGACUUCAGCUUUACUUUCCCUCUUAAGACAUGCCAAAAUGCUGAGUCACUAAAAAUAAAUUAAUAAAUUAAAAAAUUUAAAAAGCAGAAAAGAAAGUAAAGGAAGUGUGAUCCUGCUUCUUAGUUCUAGCCUUCCUAAUGACCUAAGCAGCACUUUUUCCCCGAGUUGUGAUUCCUGUGAUGCUAAAGGACGUCACAUUGCACAAUCUUAAUAAGGUUUCCAAUCAGCCCCACCCGCUCUGGCCCCACCCCCACCUCCAACAAAGAUUUAUCAAAUGUGGGAUUUUCCCAUGAGUCUCAAUAUUAGAGUCUCAAGCCCCAAUAAAUAUGAGACUGGGGAUGUCUGAGGUUCAUUCUGCCCUGGAGCCCACCAGGAACGAAAGAGAGAGAUCCAUCUGCCCUCCAGGACCUCAGCUAUGAACUCCCUCUCCACAAGCGCCUUCAGUCCAGUGGCCUUCUCUCUGGGACUGCUCCUGGUGAUGGCUACUGCUUUCCCUACCCCGGGACCCCUGGGAGGAGAUUCCAAAGAUGAUGCCACCUCAAACAGACCACCACUCACCUCUGCAGACAAAAUGGAAGACUUCAUUAAGUUCAUCCUUGGCAAAAUCUCUGCACUGAGAAAUGAGAUGUGUGACAAGUAUAACAAGUGUGAAGACAGCAAGGAGGUGCUGGCAGAGAACAACCUAAAUCUUCCAAAACUGGCCGAAAAGGACAGAUGCUUCCAGUCUCGAUUCAAUCAGGAGACCUGUCUGACAAGAAUCACUACCGGUCUUCAGGAGUUUCAGUUACACCUGAAAUACCUAGAGUCCAACUAUGAGGGUAAUAAGGACAAUGCCCACUCUGUGUACAUCAGCACCAAACACCUGCUCCAGACGCUGAGGCCCAUGAAUCAGAUUGAAGUGACCACCCCCGACCCUACCACAGAUGCCAGCCUGCAGGCUCUCUUCAAGUCGCAGGACAAGUGGCUGAAACACACAACAAUUCACCUCAUCCUACGGAGACUUGAGGAUUUCCUGCAGUUCAGCCUGAGGGCCAUUCGGAUCAUGUAGCCUGGGCAUCUAAGAUUGCUGUAGUUCAUGGGCAUUCCUUUCUCUGGUUGGAAACCUGUCCAUUGGGCACAUAACUUAUGUCGUUCUCUGUGAAGAACUAAAAGUAUGAGCGUUAGGACACUAUUUUAAUUAUUUUUAAUUUAUUGAUAUUUAAAUAUGUUGAGUUAAUUUAUAUAAGUAAUAGAUAUUUAUAUUUUUUAUGAAGUGCCACUUGAAAUAUUUUAUGUAUGCAUCUUGAAAAAGUUAACAUAAAAUGCUAUGCAGCUUGAAUAUCCUCAAUGUUUUGGAGCCAGGACAUUUCUUGGAAUGUGUAGGUUUACCUCAAAUAUACGGCUAACUUAUGCAUAUUUUUAAAAGAGAUAUUUAUAUUGUAUUUAUAUAAUGUUUAAGUUGUUUUUAUACCAAUAAACAUCUUU